UAAACAGUUGAAUAUUCAUGUUUGAGAACAACUAAAAAUGUCUAAGAGCGUAUAAAGCCACUUAUUUCUAAAUUCUAAUGAUCAGAUAUAAUCAAUUCUCAAUAUUUAUGUAUUGUCAAAUACUUUGGAGGCUUCAACUUUAUCAAUUUUCAACCACACCUUCCUUCAAACUUCCUUCAAAACAUAUUUUGUUUUAUGUGGCUGUUCAAUAACGAAUUUAUGUGACUAAAAAAGAAGCGAUUUUCUGUUGACAUAUGCAUAAAGCAUUCGAAAUUUUCAUUUCCCAAUAAUAUGAAUUAUCAGCAUUUGGGAAAGAAAAGAAAAAAUCACGAAUCGAUUCAACAGUUUAUAACUAGGUAUACAAAUGUUUACGUUCUUCACGACAACAUAAUUCCAAACAACGGUAUACACAUCCAAAAGUUCGCUUUGGAAUCAUUUCGCCGUAUGCUGUAGGUAGGUCGGUAUAUGACGUAGAAAAACAAACGCUGGCGCUAGAUACAUGUGCUCCAUGCAUCAGCUGUCCACAAUAAAUAAACGCGGCUACCACUAGUAGUUUGGUUGCUGCUCUGUGUGGAUGGAAUCGAAAGUAGCGAGCCGGUCCUGAGCUAGUGUAAAGCAGAGACAUUUUCAGUGUCUUUUCAAACGCGGUUUUAAAAAUAUGGAUAAUCCAGUGCUCCGGCAAGCAUUCAAUAUUCUGACCAGCGAAGCCAAAGACCUUUUCCUGGGAUCGAGCAUUCCAGAACGUUACACCGUACCAACAGCUUUAGAGUUUAUUCGGGACAAUGUCUCCAAAAACUUACCACUCAUCAUUCGUGGAGUCAACAACGAUUGGCCGGCAGUCGAGAAGUGGAGCUCGAAACAUUUAAGGGAAACUUUGGCAGACAAGGAAGUAACAGUAGCCGUCACUCCAAAUGGUUACGCGGACGGUUUGGCCAGUCUUGAUGGGGAAGAAUACUUUGUUCUACCGCUGGAAAUGGAAAUGCCAAUGGACGAAUUCCUAGACGCGUUGGACCGCAAGGACCGAGAUAUUUUGUACAUUCAGCGUCAGAAUUCGAACCUGGUUGAGGAUUUUGAGGAACUUUGGCAAGAUAUUGAUAUGGAUCAGCUGGCCUUUGCAUCAGAAGCUUUCAAUAAAAAACCAGACGCUGUUAAUUUUUGGAUGGGAGACGAGCGAGCGGUGACCUCGAUGCACAAGGAUCCUUAUGAGAACAUCUACUGUGUUGUUUCAGGGUAUAAGGAUUUCAUCCUUAUACCACCAGUAGAACUUCACAAUGUUCCACGACAACGCUAUCCAAUGGGGAUAUACAUGCAAGAAGAUGACGGGAAUCUGGUCAUCGAACCUAUAUUGAAUGAAAUAGGAAAGCCCCGAAGAAUCGAAUGGAUCAGCGUGGAUCCGUUAAAACCGGACCUGAAACGGUUCCCCCAGUACCAGGACGUCAUCAGUUACGAGGUGCGUGUGAAUGCUGGUGAUAUGUUGUACCUGCCAAGUUUGUGGUAUCACCACGUUCGCCAGAGUCAUAAAUGUAUAGCGGUUAACUUUUGGUACGACAUGGACUACGAUGCGCGCUACUGUUACUAUAAAAUGAUGGAGAAGCUAUGCGGGUACGGUGGCGAAGAAACGGACGAAGUAGAUUUGUGAAUUUUACCGGUCCUUUUUUGUGAUUAUAUUUAAAAACAGAAUGUUUUGUAAAAAAUCUUAUAUUUUUACUUGUAAAAAUGUAAAAUAGUACAUUUAUUGUUCUUUUCAUAAUCGAUAAAGAUAAUUUAAGAUUCAGAUUUGGUGCUUAAAAUUUACGCUGAUUCACAUAGUUUUGAAUCAAGGACAGUAGUUGAGAUAAUUUCUGAAACUUGUACGAAUGGAGUACAUAUCUUAGUUUACCAAACUUAUGCUAAACGUGACUUUUGUUAUAUACUAUCACAGCUAUUCGUACAUUAUCGGUUGAUAACCGCAUUGCCGUCGUAGUUGUGCUAAACCCUGCUCAGUGAUGCCUCUAUUGAUUAUUUCCUUUUCUAGAUCAUUGAGAACUAAUUUCAUCCAGCACAUAACUGCCAUAAGUAUUCCAUUCUCGUUACGAUUGUACUCCAAAUAUAGAUUGGUAAUCUGUUGGGUUAUUUUUUUCUUAAAACGUGAUUUACGCGAUGCCAAGUUAUUUCGCUCUCGUUCAGCGGCUAUCAUAGGAUCAGCAUAUACUUUCCGAAGUCGUGAUUUGUUUGGGUUGUAAUCUAAAUGGAAGAAGCAAAGAAAGUUAGGAAUGAAUAUACAUUUUUCAAGGAUGUAAUAACUUACCCAAAGAGGUCGGUAGUUCGCCCAUGCGAGCAAUCAUAUAACGCUCCCUUCGUUUGUUUGACCGUUCCACCAAUAUCCUCAAUUCCCGUACCAGUGGAUUAGCAUCCAACCUUUCCUCCAUUUCAUACGGUUCGAUCCAAUUGGCCACACAAAGUGGUUCCUCGACUAGAGCUAGUGUGGCAUUACCAGAAUCAACAGUGUGAUUAGCAAGUCCCAUGGCUGGGGGAGAGCCUUCGGUUCCACUCAUGGUACCACAGCUCGGUGGGGAAUGAACGGCAUAGUUGUGUUCGCCUUCCUCCGAUGGAAUCAGUUCCGUUGACGUAAUUUUUGUUGGCCGCAUUAUAACAGAGCAACUGCGCGAUAGUGGAUUUCCAGAGGGCACCGGCGAAGAAGUGUGACUUGCGUUAGGCGUGAAGUCUGGUGACGGAGUUCGGUAACCUUCACUGGCCGAAGAUAUUUCCGAGUACUCCGCUACGGGCAUUUGCUGGUUUGGGUUAGUCUCGAAUAUUGGACCACGCGCGCCCUCUUGGAAUCUGAAUAUAGCGUGCUGCAUUUCGUUACAAACCGAUGGGAACGUGGAAUCACUCUCACAGUCGUCGAAUUUUAGCCGUUUUUCGGCCGACGGUCCGUCUUCGUAUAAGCUUGUCUCCGAUGCCGCCAUACUUGAGUCACAAUGAUCUUUAUCGUCGAAAUUAUCCAUCUAAAAUUAUAAAAAGUCAUCAUUGAAGAAGUCAAAAUUGUAUUUUCAUUAUUGUACAGUCAGAAAAUAAAGAAAUAUGCAUAUAUACACAAUUGAUCAUCUAUCGAUUUUUGCAAAUUUUGCACACUGUUUCUCUCAGCUGAAUGCCGUUAACCGUGGAGUUCUAGCCGUACUACAAUUUUAAAAAUCAGAUGUAAUUUCGACUAAACCCCACGAAUAAAAACAUUCAUUCUUAUGAAGUACAAGCCUCAGUCUACCUUAGAAUUUAAUUAAUAAAAAUUGUAUUUCUUAUAGAAAAUACUGUUUCACUUGAAAGCUCCGAAGACGAAAAUAUUUCCUAAAUGUGAUUAAUUUUUGUAAUAAGGUUAACUGGCAACACUUCACGAACUUCUAUUAUUCCUGUCACACCAACACUUAUUCACAGUUCAAUUUACCACACAACACAAGUACUAUUUGGAGCGCCGAUCAUCCGUGGAGUUCUAGCCGUACUACAAAUAGUUUACAAUGCAUAAUGUAUUUACGGCGGAACUCCACCAACGGUCAACGAUUAUGAAAUUUUACUUUGCAUUUUCCGUAGCAAUAGAUGGAUGCACAAUCUGUAGCGUUAAUCCCCAUAUCAUUUCCGUACUACAUUCGAUCGACGAUAAAACAUGCAGUCCAGGAAAGGAUACGGGGUUCUACGAACAGCCAUUUACUAACUUCACUUUUUUCCCACUCAAAUCAGCUAGCAGAUGAUAAAGCUCACAAAACAAUAGCCAAAAGCCCUCAGUCAUGGCCGUACUACAGAUAUUUCAAUGCACUGUAUUGCGCGCCAUGAUUGGGGAGUCUGACUGAGCAAAAUGCGAUGUUCCUCUUAAAACAGUUGAUCCUUGCACCGAAUAAACAACUGCAAGCAUUUUGUAACACCAUUUAAUUUCAAAAACUUACCUUUAGAACAAAAAUUUGUAUUUAAUAUUAACCGAAACACAAACAAUGACACUGAAGGACGCAAUGACGAAACAACUAUGACUGAUCCAAUCACGACGAGGCUUUUACCACCUUUACUGAUCGUGUACGAACUAACACGAUUCUUUAUAGUUUAUUCGAAAUGGCCUAGUAAACUACCGACCGACCGAUCGGUUUCGUGUGGUUUACUGGAAACUUUUCUACCCGAUCGAGCAACGGAUUUUUUUGCUGCCGCACGACGAUGCCAAAGCAUACCUACACAAAAGGAACCGUUUCAGUAUUGAACGCACCAGACACAUUUCUCUGACCGUUAGUUAGAUUUGGAAAUACCUGUCCUUUUUGCCGAUGCACAUGUUCCUAUAGCUGUGCUACAGCUUCCAACGGUUAAAUUUGCCCAUCCCACGUUUUCAUUUUGUUUUGGAAAACUUCACUUAGGCUUUAUUGAUUCCAUUCACAGUUAAUCAGGAUCAGGAAAAAAAGGAUGAUCCUGAA